AUGAGCUGCAAGUCCCCACCCACACUCCAGGAGCUGGCAGAGGACAGCCUCCUGAGGAACCCGGUCUUGGCCAUCUCUAAUCUGGAUGGUGUGCCCUCAUAUUUCUUCCCAUCACUGUUCAGAAAGGCCUGCAGAAGGAGAUGUAUUAGCAUCAUAAUGGCAAUGGUGAGGAUCUGGCCCUUCCCCUGCCUCCCACUGGGAGCCAUGAUGAUGCGGAAGGGUGCCUACAGGAGAAUCUUAGAGAUUAUCCUGUUUGAGCUUGAUGGCCUGCUUUUCCAGAAGGUUAGUCACAGGAGGUGCAGACUGAAAGUGCUGGAUUUACGGUUUAUGCCUUUGAAGACGUGGGACAAGUGGUCUGUGUUCAUGGCUAGUGACUGGAGUGAGAAUCUAGCAGGGGUGGAUCAUUCGGGAACGGAGAUGAAACCGCUGGUGAAGAUGGUGACAGACCUGGUCCUCAAGAGAGGCCCACUAGACGCCAUAGAGUCCUUCAUUGUUAAGUGGGUGGGUCGGAGGGAAGGUCUGAUGAGUCUGUGCUGUGGCCACCUACAGAUCUGGUCUAUGUCCAUUAAGUAUCACAGGAAAGUCUUGGAGAUAUUGGACCUGGACUCUAUCCAGAAACUGAGUUUGUACUACAUGAAUAAUCCUACCUGCCUGCUUAACUUCUCCCCUUACCUGGGCCGUAUGAGGCACCUGCGCAGUCUUCUUCUCUGCCACCUCCGGUGGUCCGGCUUCUUUCUCACCCCAGUGGAGAAACAACGGGUCAUCACCCAGUUCACCUCUCAGUUUGUCAACCUGACGCACCUCCAGAGCCUGCAUCUACAUAAUGUCUUCUUCCUAAGGGGCCACCUGGACGAGCUCUUCUGGUGGCUAAAGACACCCUUAGAGACGCUGAUGGUGACUGACAGUUUUCUCUCAAAAUCAGACUGGACCCAUAUGUGUGAGUUCCUGUGUGCCAGUCAGCUAAAACACCUGAUUUUGAAAUGGAUCAAACUGACUAAUUUCAGCCUAGAGCCCCUGCGAGUUCUGUUACUGAAAACUGCAUCGACUUUGAUUACCCUGGACUUGGAGGGCUGUCAGCUGAUGGACUCCCAACUCAAAGCCAUUCUGCCUGCCCUGAGACACUGUACCCAGCUCACCCGGCUUAACUUGUAUGGAAACCAUCUGUCUCGUGUGAUCUUGAAGGAGUUGACAUCUCACGAGAUGAGGCUGAGGUACCAAGGGUCACAGAUAUUCCUUAUCCCAAGCUGUGAUGAUCACAGUGACCAAGAACUUGAGAUGAAUGUUCAGCCUUGUGUUGCGUUUAUAGAUGUGGGGAGAACUGUUGGGCGGCCUGAGCACGCCUUUGCUUUGUGCCUCCUGCUUUGA